AUGUCUUACACCAAAAAGCUUCUUGGAAGAUCCCAUUCAUAUAUUGGCUCUUCCUAUUCUGAAUCUGAACCCAAGGAGCACGAUGUAUUCCUCAGUUUUAGAGGUGAAGACACCCGCAAUACUUUUACCGACCAUCUAUAUCAGGCUUUGGUUGAUAAAGGGAUUAGCACUUUCAAGGAUGAUGAAAAAAUUGGGAUUGGAAAACCCAUUUCCCCGGAACUCUUGCUUGCAAUUGAGAGGUCGAGCAUGGCAGUCAUCGUGUUGUCAAGAAAUUAUGCAUCUUCCACAUGGUGCUUACAAGAACUUGAAACAAUUAUUGACUGCAUGAAAGAGAGGGAGAUGAGAGUUUUGCCCAUUUUCUACCAUGUGGAUCCUAGAGAUGUGCGACAUCAGACAGGCACUUUUGCAGUUGCCUUUGCCGAACAUGAGAUACGUUUUGAGAAGGACUUAGAGAAGGUGCGAACAUGGAGAAAUGCUUUGAGAGAAGUGGCUAAUCUCUCCGGACGCCAUUUACAGAAUGGGCGUGAGUCAGAGUUUAUCAAAACCAUUGUUGAUGGUAUAUUUCGUGAAUUGAGUGAUACACUCUCGAUUGUUGAUGAGGAUAACCUUAUUGGAAUAGAAUAUCUAGUUAGCGAAUUAUUGGAUUCGCAUCUACAACCGUGGCGAAAUGAAGUAUGCUUUAUAGGAUUAUGCGGGAUGAGUGGGAUAGGCAAGACGACACUUGCGCGAGUUGUAUUUCAACGAAUCCGGUUUAAAUUUCAAGCUUGCAGCUUUCUUGACAAUGUUAGUGCAGAAUAUAAUAUAGUUGCUCUGCAAGAAAAACUCCUUUCUGACAUGAAGUUGAGGAAUGAAAAAGAUAAGUGGGAUGUAAGCAAAGGAAUGGCGGUAAUAAAGAAUAGAUUGCGUCUCAAGAAGGUUCUUAUUGUUCUUGAUGAUGUUGAUAACAAAGAACAAUUAGAAACAUUAGUAGGGAACUGCAAUUGGUUCGGCAUGGGGAGUAGAAUUAUUGUAACCACAAAAGAUAAGCAUUUGUUGAUAAGACAUGGAGUUCCAAAUGAAAAUAUAUACCUGGUUAAAGGAUUGAAUGAAUACAAUGAUGAUCUUGAUUUGAAGCUCUUUUGUCAAGAAGCCUUUGGCAAACCCUAUUGUGGAACAGAUUUUUUGGAUCUAUGCAAGGAUUUUGAAGAGAGGUAUGGCAAAGUGCUCGAACUAAAUUAA